CUCUCCUCAACGAUAAGAAAAGCAAAGACAUCUAAUUUCCCCUUCCUCACAUCCAACCAUUUUCCCGCUCGUUCCACGUCCACAUCUUUCCCAUUCCCACCCCACGUUUACAUACCCAAACCUCUCUCAUUCUCCUUCACUUUCCGCCUUCACUUCUCUAAACUCGGCCACCGCCACGCUCUUCCUCGCUUUGCCUCCAAUGGCUUCUGCCACCACUUCCACCACCUUUUCCCUCCUCAAAACCACCGCCUCCACCACCUCUUCCUCCUCUGCCUCCCGCCCUUCUGCAUCCCUCAUCCGACUUCCCUCCACCCGCCGCCACCUCAAAUCCUCCACUCUCACCCACGGCCUUGGCUUCUCCUCCGCUGCUUCUGGGGAUUCUCUGCUCUCCCUCCACGUCUCCUCCAAAGUUCGAUCUUUUAAGGGAAAAGGGUCGAGAGGCGUUGUUUCGAUGGCGAAGAAGAGUGUUGGGGACUUAAGUGCGGCUGAUUUGAAAGGGAAGAAAGUGUUUGUGAGGGCUGACUUGAAUGUCCCAUUGGAUGAUAACCAGAACAUUACCGAUGACACUAGGAUUCGUGCUGCUGUUCCCACUAUCAAGCAUUUGAUUCAGAAUGGUGCUAAAAUUAUUCUCUCUAGCCACUUGGGUCGGCCAAAGGGUGUUACACCAAAAUUCAGCUUGGCUCCUCUUGUACCCCGGCUCUCUGAACUGCUUGGCACUCAGGUUGUCAAGGCUGAUGACUGCAUUGGUCCGGAAGUAGAAAAGUUAGUUGCUUCACUUCCUGAAGGCGGUGUUCUUCUUCUUGAAAAUGUUAGAUUUUACAAAGAGGAGGAAAAGAAUGAACCUGAAUUUGCGAAGAAGCUCGCCUCGUUAGCUGAUCUCUUUGUCAAUGAUGCAUUUGGGACUGCACACAGAGCCCAUGCAUCAACAGAGGGUGUCACAAAAUUCUUGAAGCCAUCUGUUGCUGGUUUCCUUUUACAGAAGGAGCUGGACUACCUUGUUGGUGCAGUUUCAAGCCCCAAAAGGCCAUUCGCCGCCAUUGUGGGUGGUUCAAAGGUCUCUUCCAAGAUUGGAGUCAUUGAAUCACUCCUUGAGAAAUGUGACAUUCUCCUUCUUGGUGGUGGUAUGAUUUUCACAUUUUACAAGGCACAGGGCCUAUCAGUUGGUUCAUCCCUGGUAGAGGAAGAUAAGCUUGACCUUGCAACAUCACUCCUUGCAAAGGCCAAGGCGAAGGGAGUGUCUCUUUUGUUACCCACUGAUGUGGUUAUUGCAGACAAGUUCGCCCCUGAUGCAAACAGCAAGAUUGUGCCAGCUUCUGCUAUUCCUGAUGGCUGGAUGGGAUUGGAUGUUGGACCUGAUUCCAUUAAGACAUUCAAUGACGCUUUGGAUACUACCCAAACCAUCAUCUGGAAUGGACCGAUGGGAGUGUUUGAAUUUGAUAAGUUUGCAGUCGGGACCGAGGCUAUUGCAAAGAAGCUAGCAGAACUCAGUGGCAAGGGAGUGACGACAAUCAUUGGAGGUGGAGACUCUGUCGCCGCUGUAGAAAAGGUCGGAGUAGCUAAUGUCAUGAGCCACAUAUCAACUGGUGGUGGUGCCAGUUUAGAAUUGUUGGAAGGGAAGGAGCUUCCAGGUGUGAUUGCCCUCGAUGAGGCUACCCUGGUUGCCGUGUAAGAUCAAAUCAAAUUUUCAGUAAUUUAUCCGGUUUUGUAAUCGAGAAAUAAAACGAGUUCUUGUUGUAAAUGUACACCUUAAAUCGCUAGAAGGACCCAUUUCCGUCUCUUCCUUUCUUGCUUAUCCUUAAAAGGUUGCCAGAACAGUGUUGAUUUUAAAUAAAUUGCUUCAUUUUUCUCAAAA